CUGAGCUUGGGGGAGAAACGGAAGUCACGAUAGUGCGGUUUACGUUUUCCCGAUGACUUCCACCUUAAUUUCCUCUCUUCUCUCUACCUCCAUCUUCCCUACCGAAUAUAGGAGCUGGGUUCGAAUACCGGCGACUUCAAUUUCGGGAGGUAGCAAUAUAGUGAAACAGCAUCGUCGUUUGAAAGUUGUCGCCAAAUCACUCCAUCUUCCUCUUCUUCCCUUCAGCAUGAGCGAGGUUCUUGUGCCAACGGAGAGUAAAACAUUGCAUUUGUACGAAGCAAGAUACUUGGCACUACUUGAGGAGUCGAUGAAAAGAAAGAAGAAUAUGUUUGUUCAUUUCAUUCUCGAUCCUAUUUCGAUUAGUGAGAAAGCAACAGAAGCAUCCUUUGCUGCUCGAUAUGGCUGCUUGGUACUUGUUGAAAAUGUCGAAAGAUUAGACAUUGGAGCACUUGUCUCGAUAAGAGGCGCUUGUCGUGUAAAAAUUUCAAGAUUUUUAGGAACAGAUCCUUAUUUGUCUGGAGAGGUCAGACCAAUACAAGAUCGUUUUAAUUACGAGAGCAGCAAUGAAAUAACCUCAAAAAUCUCCAAGAUAAAGGAAUCUAUGACGAACCUCAACAGCUUGGAGAUCAAACUUAAGGCUCCAGAAAACUCACCGCUGCAAACUCGCCUCUUUGAUUCUUUGAAUUGGGCUGAAGAUGAACCACCGGAAGAAUGUGAAGAAUCCUUCUUUCCUUCCCUUCAAGAACGUCUAUCAUUUGCUGCAUUUCAACCGGUUUCCGGAUCCACACAGUCGGAACUAUCAAGGUUACAACAACAGAAAUUAAAGGCAAUGGAUACAAAAGAUACAGUGGAGAGAUUAGAACUUUCAAUGGGACUCAUCGAGGAGAACAUUUCCUUAAUUGCAGCCAAACUCGCCAUCCAGUCUUUGGAUAUUCGUUAAACUUUUUAAUAUUGUCUCUAAAUGUAAAUGUGCCAGAUUGGUGAACUUUAAAAUUUAAAUUGAGUUACCUCAGAAGCCAGAUUAGUUAACUUUAAAUUGAGUUGUCUCUAUUGUACAUGUUCCAGAUUUAUGUACUUUAAAU